AUGUUUCCACGCAAUGACACCGUCUUCAUGCCCUCAGUGCUGAGGCUGACGGGCAUCCCGGGCUUGGAGCCUGUGCAGGCCUGGAUCGGCAUUCCUUUCUGCGCCAUGUACAUCCUUGCUCUGUUUGGGAACUCCCUGCUCCUGGUCGCCAUCAAGUCUGAGCGCAGCCUCCACGAGCCCAUGUGUCUCUUCCUGGCCAUGCUGGCCGCAACCGACGUGACGCUCAGCACCUGCAUCCUGCCCAAAAUGUUGGGGAUAUUCUGGUUCCACUUGCCAGAAAUAGACUUCGAUGCUUGUCUCUUUCAGAUGUGGCUCAUCCACUCCUUCCAGUGUAUUGAGUCAGGUGUUCUGUUGGCCAUGGCCUUGGACCGCUACGUGGCAAUCUGUGACCCUCUGAGACACGCAGCCAUUUUCACCCACCAACUCGUCACUCGGAUUGGGGUUGCAGUGACACUCAGAGCAGCCCUCCUGGUAGCUCCAUGUCUCAUCCUCAUCAAAUGCCGCCUGAAACGCUAUCGGACCACAGUGGUCUCUCACUCUUACUGUGAGCACAUGGCCGUUGUGAAGUUGGCAGCCGAAGAUGUUCGAAUCAACAAGAUCUACGGUCUGUUUGUGGCUUUCAUCGUACUGGGAUUUGACAUAAUCUUCAUCACCCUCUCUUACAUUCGAAUAUUUGUAACUGUCUUCAGUCUGCCUCAAAGGGAAGCUAGGCUUAAAGCCUUCAAUACCUGCAUUGCCCACAUUUGUGUCUUCCUUGAAUUUUAUCUCCUGGCUUUCUUCUCCUUCUUUACACACAGGUUUGGGUUCCAUAUUCCACCCUAUGUUCAUAUUCUUCUAUCCAAUCUCUACCUGCUUGUGCCCCCGUUGCUCAAUCCUGUCGUUUAUGGUGUGAAGACUAAACAGAUUCGUGAUCGAGUGUCCAGGAUGUUCCGCUCUGUGGGUGCUUCUUGA